GGCAAUUGCUGUUCGCACGCAAGUUUCGCUCAACGCUUCAAACGAGCAGGGUGUGCGUGCAUCGUCGAACCGUCGCGGGAACCACCUUUUUCGUAGUGAUUUCGCGCCCACGAAACAUUGUCGCGAUCGCAGUGCCGUAUGUUGAAAGUGCAGCAAACGUUCGACCGAACGAGUUGUUUGUCGAGCGGAAAAAAAGAGAAGUGGCGGGCCUACAAGAGGUUGGUGUGAAUAAUUUGUCCCACAUUAGAAGAUUACACCUGCCCGGGGAAAGGGGAAGUGGCAUAAAACCGACGCGUCGACCGGCCAAUGAAGGCCCGAUAAUGGAAAUGGUUCUUGUGUGCGGUGCCGGUGAUUCUGUGGUGCGCUCCAUGUCGAGCAUUUCGGCCGCGCUGUUUGAUUUUCCCGGCGUUUAGUGUGCGACCGUGCGGGAGCAGGUGUGCUUUUGUCGGUGUGCUGGGAGUGCGUGCGUGAGUUUGAGUGUGUGUUUGUUUGUGCCUCGAUGCAAGAUGGCAACAUUCGGCGCAGUGAACGCAUCGAAGCGCAAUCCGGCCGAUCCGGAACCGCAUCAUCAACAGCAUCAGCAACAGCAACAACGCCAAACGGCAACGGGUGAAGUGCGAAGUGGUGGGAUGGAACCGAUGGGGUUGGGGGUGGGAUCGGGCCGUGUGCCCCAGGCAGAGGAAAACGCCAAAAAGUGCAAUGCCAAAGUGAGCGGUGCGUCGUUGGGCCGAAGAAAAGGCAGCGGCAGCGGGCUCGAGGGCGGCCGCAACGCCAAACCGUCCCACGGGGAGGCCCACGCGCCUUCGGCCCACUCGCUGAUCAACUACCUGUUCUAUCUCAUGUGCAUCAUGGCGCUCGGGGCUACCGUGUACUCCAACCUGCGCCAAUCAUACGUAGAGGAUAAAUUAAGUAGUCUAGUUAGUUUCGAAGAACGGCUCAGCCUGCUCGAGGCGCAGAUGAGCGAUGUAUAUAGGAGGAUCACACUGCGCCGCAUGGACGGAUCGGGGGCGGUGGCCUCCGCCGGUACCGACCAGGCCAGCGACCAGGAGGAAAGCAUGUCCGAGGUGGUGCGGAAGAUUUCGCAUCAAAUCGCCGAGCUGCCGCGGAUGCGACGUGACCUGUCCGCGCUCAAGGUGUCGCGCAAGGAUCGACAGGCCGCGAUUCAGCAGAUCGGCACUGAGUGCAUGUGUCCACCAGGACCCCCCGGACCACCUGGACCGCCAGGCAAAAGAGGGAAGCGGGGCAAAAAGGGCGACCCGGGCGAUCCGGGCGUGGAGGGUCCCACCGGUCCACCGGGCAAAAACGGACUACCGGGAAUUCGAGGACCCAAAGGCGAUCGAGGACUAAUGGGUCCGAUAGGUUUGGACGGACCAAAAGGCGAACCGGGUCGACCGGGCGACAAGGGCUCGAAAGGUGAAGUUGGCGCACCUCCGAUAGACGUGUUCCAGACGGUGAAGGGAUUAAAGCGAUCCGUAACGACACUGCGCGGUGGCUCGUUAGGCUACGCGGAAAUCGUAGCCGUGAAGGGCGAACCGGGAGAGCCGGGACCGCCGGGACCGCCCGGUCCACCGGGUGCGACGGGUGCGAUAGGUCUGGACGGACGUCAAGGACCGCCGGGAGAUCCAGGACCGAAGGGCGAUCCUGGUCCGCCGGGUGAGAAGGGCCCGGUCGGUAACCCGGGAACGCCGGGACUUCCGGGUGCGAAGGGCGAUCGGGGCGACAAGGGUGAUCGGGGGCUAACGACACAUUUCAAGGGCGAUCAGUUCCCGGCCGGCAUAAUUGAAGGUCCACCAGGACCGCCAGGACCUCCUGGUCCACCGGGAGAAAAGGGUGACCCAGGACCAGAGGGACCGCCAGGACCGCAAGGCGAGAAAGGACCGCGAGGCAAGCGUGGCAAACGGGGACCCGGCAAGGAUGACGAUUACGACGAAGCGACACUGGCACAGUUCCGUGGCCCUGUAGGCCCACCGGGACCGCCCGGACCACCUGGCCGCGAUGGAACACCCGGCUCCAAGGGUGAAGCAGGUGAAGUGGGAGCUCCGGGAUCGCUUGGACCGCGCGGUCUGGACGGUAUGCCGGGAGAGCCGGGUAUUGAGGGUCCUCCCGGAUUGCCCGGCUAUCAGGGCCCGCCGGGCGAGAAGGGCGAUCCAGGUGAUAUCGGACCUCCAGGACUUAUGGGGCCGCCUGGUCUGCCGGGUCCACCGGGCUACCCAGGAGUAAAAGGCGACAAAGGAGAUCGAGGAGAUUCCAAGUUCCGGAAAAUGCGACGGCGACAAGAUCACGAAGGCAUGGCCGACGAACCGUAUCGGGAUGUUGUGUAUGGACCGCCGGGACCACCGGGACCACCGGGUCCGCUCGGACAUCCGGGACCACCGGGACCGCGCGGCUACGAUGGCAAGAAGGGCGACCGAGGCGAAAAAGGACAGAAGGGCGAAUAUGGACCCAUGGGAUUACCGGGUCCAAUGGGAAUGCGUGGAGAUUCCGGUCCAGUGGGCCCUGUGGGCAAACCAGGACAUCCGGGACCGCCGGGACUGGACGGAAUGAAGGGCGCACAGGGCGAAACCGGCAACAAGGGCGAACGGGGCGAUCCAGGACUGCCCGGAACGGAUGGCAUCCCGGGCCAGGAGGGACCGCGAGGUGAGAAGGGCGGCAAGGGUGAUCCGGGCCCGAUCGGCAAGCGGGGACGGAAGGGCGAUCGUGGUGACAAGGGUGACCAGGGCGUGCCCGGACUGGACGCACCGUGCCCGCUGGGGAUGGAUGGACUACCCCUGCCCGGAUGUGGUUGGCGUGCGCCGAAAGUGUAUCAGGAACCGAUCGUGCCGUCACCACCCCACAAGGACUAUCUGCCCGAUGUGACCGGAACCGAGAACGAAAGUGAAUACGUCGAGGAGGAGGACGACGGGGCGCCCGAAACCGAGGACUACGAAGAGGAGUACGUGGAGAACGAAAAUGGAAACUGAUUCCAACCCCCGUUGGCGGUUCAGGGCGGUACAGGGAGACGUUUGGUCGUAGACUUGGGUGGAACGGGAAAUGUUAAAUUUUACCAACAAACAAUUAACAUUCCACUGGCUGGUGUGCUUUUUUUUUGUUGCGCGAUUGCGGUCAUCUUGCUGUGUGUAGUUUUUACAUGACCAUCCCUUCUUUUCCACAUUACCGCA